CCCAAGUCACAAUCUGUGACUGCCUGCAUGUGCAUCGCCCGUUCUCUCGGUUUAUUUCUCCCGGAAAAAGGUAGGGUUGCUGGAAAGAUCCAGUAGGACCAGUGUCCACGGGUAACUCUCCAUUAUAAAUCUUUCUGCCCUUCUUUGAACCCAUCAUCGAUAGCAAUGGUCUCCACUGGAAUGAAGCCCGCUCCCCUGGGCAGUGCGUACAGGAUGCAACCUCAGGGCAACGAAUCAGCUGCCGACGGUGGCCAUCAACCCAUAUCACGACCGACGCCUGUGGAAUUUCGCAGGCUAGUAUCUGGUCCCCAAGAAAAUAUCAUCCGUGCAAUGGACGUGAGUCAACCAGUCUUUGAGGACUUCAAGAAGAUUCUUCGCGAUCAAGCCGUUAUGAUGCUCGAUUGCGAACGAUUCUUACACGAACAAGUCCCAGAUAUCUGGGCGCUAUAUCUGGACUGGGCUCACGAGGAAUUGGCAUCAUUUCUUUCCAAGUACACCGACGCAUGGCCCGUCGAGUUAUACAUUGAACAUUACUUAUCCAAGAAAACGUAUGCUAAGCGUCACACCUUCAGAGCCAAGAUGACGAGGUUAAGGCCCGCCGUCAAAACUGCUCGCAUUAAGAGUUCUGCCUCGGAGCAUGACGCGAGCUUGCCACCCGCUCCCGGUGGUCCACCUCCACCUUACGAAGAUCACAACUUCGUGCAACCCGAUGCAGCGGGCGGCAAUGAUCUCACUGUCGAGAACUUUCUGAAGACGGUUAACCCUGAUCUUAGCCACCUCUUCCCCGCGUUUGAGGAACUAGGGAUCAACAACGAGGCGGAUCUCAUUGUUGUAAAGUCAUGGGCUCCCGCCGUCCGCAAAGACUUUUUCGAGAGAGAGUUGAUGGGGAGAAUGAGCGCUCUUCAGAUCCAGGCCCUGAAUGUCAAGCUUGGGGGAAUGAAUUAGCGAGCCGCAUCCCAAAGUCAUGAUCUUUUUACCUCAAGUUUUUUACUCGCACUAUAUACUUUUUUAUUCAAAUUGAGUUCUAUUUGCAUUUUA